UAAAAUUUAACUAUAUAUUGAUGUGAUUUUUUUAAAAAUCACUUUGUAUAAAAGGGACUUAGUGAGGUCUUAUUGUCACAGGCUUACUGACUUGCAAACAGUAAACAACAAACCAACCCAUCAAGAUGUUCAAGCUGAUCGUUCUUGCCGCCGUCUUGGCUGUCGCUGCUGCUGCUCCUGGAGGUCUCACCGGAGUUGUUCUUGACCAUGGACUUGGCCACAUCCAUGCUCCUGCUGUGAUCUCGCAUGCUGCUUCUCAUCCCCAUGUUGUCCACCAACCCGUUGCCCCCGUUGUUCACCGUGCCCCAAUUGUCACCCACACCGUCCUCAACACUCAUGCUCAUGGUCAUGGUGCCUGGCUCGGCGGAUGGGCUCUUGGACAUUAAGAUGGGAAUAACAUCUUUUAAACCAAGAAAAUUUCUUCUCCUUUGAUCACGUCAACACUUCAUGAUUUGAAGUCGACAUCAUCAUCGAAAAACUAUGAAAAAAAUUUCAAAAUCACAUUCGGCUUCCAUUUUUCACUAUUAAUGUUUUCAUUGUUUUGGUUUGUUAAUCAUUCAUUUUUUAUAAGUAAUACCCUCUUUUUUUAAUUUUCUCUCCUCCCCCUGAAUUAUUAUUACGGAAUUUUAAUAAAAUCAAAAUUACCAAUCCAA